UUAUAGAACACGGAAGUACAUAAAAAAUAUGAUAGAAUGUAGACUAGUAGCUAGUAAGAAAUAACAUAUUUUAUACAGUGAAACAUUAUAACGCUUGGUUUCCAAAUGAAGUGACCUAUUUACUUUUACGUUAAAUUUUUGUGAAAUACAAAAACAGCGGCAAUGUCUCAGCGGGAAUUGAAGGAGGCAUUUGUGAGCAAUCUCAGUGGGACCAGCCUCGGAGAAGUGGUGAUGGGUUCCUUUCUUGCCCCAUUGUGCAUAAUCAGUAGAGGACUCAUUUUGAUCCAGUAUCAUCAGAGCAUGGGCGCACUACCACUUCCCUGGAUGGGCCACCUCAUUCUGGACUUCUUCACGAUUAUACUUCCCCUCGUCCUGUCAUGCACUAUUCUAAGUGACGUUCUUCAUCUAGUUAUCAUGGCCUUAGCAGUUGUUGUGAUUGGUGUACUUUUCCAUAUUUACCGCCACAGAACCCCUCCUUGUGUUGAGCACUUCCCAGAUGCCAUCAAGAGAUUCCUGCAGAGCCAUGUUCAGUGUAACCAAGUCCCCUUUGUGACCAUCUUUAGAGUGCUUGUCAAUGUAAAGACGGCCAUAAGUAUUUUGGCAGUAGACUUUAGUGUGUUCCCCAGGCGUUAUGCCAAAACAGAGACCUAUGGGACAGGGGUCAUGGACUUUGGUGUUGGAGCGUAUGUCCUUGCAAAUGCACUGGUCUGUCCAGAAGCACGGGGAAAGGAAGCUAAAGGAUCCAAAUUAGGUCACGUUCUUAAACAGAUUUUGUCAGUCUGGCCUCUGGUUAUCCUUGGCAUGGUCAGGUUAGCGAGUGUCAAAAUGACUGGUUACCAUGAGCAUGUGUCAGAAUAUGGUGUACACUGGAACUUUUUCUUCACCCUAGCUAUAGUCAGAGUGGUGGCCACUGUGCUCUUGGCUGUGUUCCCUCUCAGUUGGUCAGGGCUCCUGGCCCUGCUUAUUGGUGGCCUUUACCAGUUUACCCUUGAAACCGGACUCAAGUCUUUUAUCAUUCAUAACAGUGAUCGCACAGGCUUUCUACAAGCCAACAAGGAAGGCAUAUUUUCAGUUAUGGGAUACAUAGCUAUUUACAUGGCUGGUGUGCAUAUUGCACUGUACGUGAUGCGUCCUCGAACACAAGUGAAAGACUGGCUCAGAUUGAUCGGUCAUUUCUUGGUGGGAAGUUGUGUACUGUAUACUGCUUUGUACAUAUGUCAGACAUAUAUAGACCCAGUGUCUCGGAGAAUGGCCAAUAUGUCCUUCUGCUUAUGGACCAUUGCCCAGUCUUUAUUUUUCAUGUCCUGUCUAGCUACUGCUGAUAUGAUGUUGGUGUUUUUGAAAAUAGUAUCACACUGUUCCCUGGUUCCAUCCUCAUGGAAUCCAUAUCAAAAAGACACCGCUGAGGACAAAACUAAAACAAUGGAAGGACUUUGUCUCAUUCAAGCUGUCAGUCGUAAUCAGUUGUUAUUUUUUAUGCUAGCAAAUGUAAUGACAGGAUUGACCAACAUGAUAAUGGACACUUUUAGUGGCAGUGAUACCUUUUCUGUGUGUGUUUUGCUUUUAUACAUGUUCACAAACAGCUUUGUGAUAUUCAUUUUACAUCUCUGUAAAGUCACUGUGAAAUUUUGGUAACCCCUGUAUUAAAUGGAAUAUCUUCAGUUUCAAUAUAGUCCCUGAUAACACCGAAUGUUAAGAUAGUUUGAUCAUUGACAUAAAUUUAAGCAUUGAUAUGUUUCCACUGUUACAUUUUUUAUUUGCAAAUGUCCUCAGCAAAGCUACUGGUUGAUGCAGUGUCUCAAAAAUUACAGGAGGCCUAUACAUAAUUCCUGAAUAAAAAAUACUUUUCAUUUGUA